GGUAUUUGAAGUUUUUCUUAUGAAAAGUGGAAUAAAUGUAACCUGCUGUGUAAUCCUUUUUGUCCCUUUAGAUCUCUCAUGGAUAAACUGUAAAAGAGAUAACCAUGGAGGAGGGAUUUACAAAGUAUCUUGUCUCUACUUCUGAAAAUCUGCUGCUUGAAUAUGGACAAACUGCUGAUCCAAAUGAUUCAAAGAAGCUGGAAAAUCUUGUUGUGGUUAGGCAACAUGCUCAGUAUUUAAGUGUUCUGUGUAAUAUGAAGUAUUGUGUUUCACUUAAAAUAUGUGAUUUUUCUGGUAAUUUCCUUACGAACAUUGAUGCACUUGAAUGUUGUACUUAUUUAAUUAAACUGGAUCUCCAUAGCAAUCAGCUAGAGAAGCUUCCAGGUCCAAUGUUUUGGAGAAAUAUGGCAGACCUAAGACUACUUUAUCUUCAUGAUAAUGGAAUUUCAAAACUGGAGAACGUACACUCAUUAUCUUUCUGCCCUAAUCUGACUGCACUCACCUUGUUCAAUACUCCACUGUGUCUGAAAAUUGCCUAUAGGCAUAUUGUUGUUAACAGCAUUUUUUCGCUUAAGGCACUGGACUAUUAUGUCAUUUCUGAUGAGGAAAUAAUAGAGGAUUGGAGGCUUCCUGAAAAAUAUAAGCCAUUUUAUCCUAGCUUUUUUGUUGAUUUUUCCCCUCGUUCUGGAAAGGAAAUUGCAUUUCAGGAAGAAAUGAAAAUGAUAAGAGAGAUAAUUUCCAAGAUCAAUUUUGUUCUCUCUCAUCAUUCACCAGUCCUGAUUAUUCAGAAAUGGAUAAGAGGAUAUUUAAUUAGAAAAAGAUUGUGCUUGAUGCCUUUAAAGGAAGUUCUGAAAUAUAAACGUUACAUCAGAGAUGGAACAAAGGGAAUGCAUAUUCGACAAACACCUGCAGUACAUAGCAGUAAAAGCACUCUGUUUCACACCAUUGAGCUACAACGGCUUGCUGCAAUUAAAAAACCUACAUCUGAGAUCCAAAAUGUAGAUCUGAAAAAUCGUAAGGAGCUCCAUUUAUAUUUGAAGAGUUUGAAAUAUCCAGUUCUCUCAACCAUACUCAGAUUGGAAGAAAAGGAAAAGAUCAAACAGAAAAAAUCAAGAUCACCACCUAGAAAGGGACUCUUGGAUGGGAGACAAACUGACAUGAAAGAUGAGAUGGCAACCGAAUUUAGGCUUUCAGUGUGUAGAAUGCCUUUUUAUUCACUGGGUAAGGAGAUGCAACAUUAUCAAGACAAAGAGAAAGAAUUUUUCGAUGCUGUUCAUGAUAUGAGAUACUUCACACAUCCUGUUCCAGAAACUAUGCCCUUUCAUGAGGCAGGAAGCAUUGAAAAGAGGAUUUUUGCCAGAGCAUUUGGAACAAUAAGACUCUACCCUUUGUGUGCCAUUGACAAAGCUUACUGGCAGAGUCAUAACUUGGACAUCCAGGUUGAAAAGGAGCGCAAAGUGUUGCAGAUGCUAAUUGCCAAAAAUGAUGGCGUAGAGUAUGUUAGUCGUUUACAGCAAGAAAAGAACGAGAAAGCUCUGAAGAAAUAUGAAGAGGACAAAAUGAUGACUGAUAAUAUUUUGAAAGAGCAGAAGCAGGAACAGGAAAUGAUAAUGGAUAAAAUGAAAAAAAAGUAUAUUAGGUUUUUGGAGAACAAGGACGGUAAGUCCUUAGAGAACGCAUUUGUUCAACGCUUCAGCAAUCAACAUACAGCUUUGACAAAAGGUUUAAUAAGACUUGAUGGUUGGAGAAAACGUCAAGAAAUAGUGCACGAAAGGAAACAUAUAGUUAAAGGAAUUGCAGAAGAAGAAAGGCAGCGGAAAGAGAUGUUGAAACAUUUUAAUGUGGAGAGGAAACAGAUGUUACAAAGACUAAACACAGAUGAAAAGUGUUUUAGGAAAUGUCUAGCUCAUGCAAUGACUAGUGAGAGAUUUAAGCGAUCGAAAGGAAAAGUUGAAGCUAUGAAGAAAUCCAGAAUGAAAAUACCAUACUCACUGCCAGUGAUUGGCAGUUCUGGCUCAGCAGUGCCUAUACUACAAUAUGAAGGUUUAGAUGGUGAUGUAUAAUAUGGAAAGCAAAUGUAAACCCAGAUGUGACUUGCUACUUAAAUGGUGCAGAUAAUAUCUCUAUUGUGUUAUAAAUAUAUAACCGGA